GGAUUCAAACCCAGGCCUGCCUAUCUGCCUGGAAGCCUGGGCUUUGUUCUCAGCCAGACUGCCCUGGCUCUCACCUAUUUGUUUAAAACAGCUCUCCUUUCGCCUGAAGAAAACUGUGACUUCCUUGUUACGUCACAGGCUUAGUCACAAUUGGGCUGAGAGCAGAGCGUGGCCCGGCCUGCCAGGUCCCAGGGCAGCCUUGCUAGCCCAGCCCAGGCUGGCCCGCUUAGCCACACAUGCACCAUGAAGUACCCUCUGGUGCCACUGGUGAACGACCUCACGUUUUCUUUCCUGGUGUUCUGGCUCUGCCUGCCUGUGGCCUUGCUGUUGUUCUUGUUGAUCGUUUGGCUACGCUUCUUACUUAGCCAAGAUUCAGAGGAAAAUGACUCAGAUUUAUGCUUUGAUUGGGAGCCCUGGAGCAAAACCCCAACCAAGUUUUGCUGGGAGGAGACACUCCAUAGCCAAGAGGAGGAGAGGCCCUGCUGGUGA